AGACAUACACACACACACACACACACACACACACACACACACACGCUGUGUGCAUCACGGUGUCCCGGCGAGCUGGUCACAAACAACCGCGAAUGAAUCCAUGAGUUGACCUCCGGGAGAAGAGGACGGUGUGUUCGAAUUCUCCCUGAAACAACACGAUGAGUCUGCUCCAAAGGUCGCUGAGUCCAGUCGCCCCACUAUGGCGGUGGAAGAGGAGAGUGGACGUGUUCCUCUGCCCGGCCAGUUCCUGCAGGGCCUUCUGCUCCGCCCCUUCAGAACCAGCUCCAGAUCCACUAGAGAUCCACAAGAGGAGGCUCUUCUUGUGGUUCAGCCACCUUCCUCAGGAGGAGAAGCAGUUCGGAGGCUACUUCCGGCCCGAGACCAUGCACGUGGAUCCGCUCAUCUUGGAAAGGAAGACCGAGGAGAAGGCAGGACACAUCUGCUCACCCUUUCACACCCACUCGGAUCCCAGCCCCGCCGUGAACAUAGAGCAUCUGUUGGAGCCCGUGGAAGGGUGGAGCGAGGGCCGGGGGAUGAACCUGCUGCUGUACGGCGCCGUGGGCACCGGGAAAAGCACGGUGGUCAGGAAGCUGGUGCUGGACUGGUGCCAGGGUCAAACUCUGACCCAUUUCAAGCUGCUGCUGCCUUUUUCCUGCGAGGACCUCAGUAAGCUGACGAAGGCGACCUCUUUAAGGGACCUGGUCAGCAGGAAGUACCUCCACCUGAAGAAACACCCCCUGCUGAGUGGUGAAGGGGACCAAGCCAAGGAUGUGCUCUUCCUCUUCAACGGCAUGGAGAAGAUGCGUCUGGACUUCCGGAUCGGAUCCACCGAGCUCUGCAGCGACCCCAACGAGCCGCUGGCUCCAAGCAUCUUAGUGGUGAACCUGCUGAGGAAGUACCUCCUGCCCGAGGCCAGCGUCUUGGUCACCACCAGACUAUCCGCUCUGGACCGGAUCCCUGAGAAGUAUGUGAGUCGCUACGCUCAGAUUUGUGGCUUCAACGACCCAGACCGCCAGCGUGCGUACUUCGCGGGCCGCCUGCUGCAGCAGAGCGGAAAAUCUACCCGUGACCAAGAAGCCCAGUCCCUCAUAGAGCUGCUUUACCUCAACCUCCAAAGAGAAAGCCAGCUGGCCACGGCGUGCUUCCUCCCAUCUUACUGCUGGCUCACGUGCGCCACACUACACUUUCUGCACUUCACUGACGCCAACGCCCCCAUCCGCACGCUCACCGGGAUCUACACCAGUUUCCUGAGGCUCAACUUUGGUGGAGAGGUCCUUGGCACAGGAGCGGAGGCGAGUAUGCCCAGUCUGGAUUAUCAGAACUCUCUGAUGCUCUACGUCGUCCGUACUGUCGGUAAACUUGCGUUCGAUGGAGUGACGUACAGGCGCACGUCGUUCUCUGAAGAGGAACUGGAGCAGUGGAUUGGAGGCAAGACCAAGACGGACGAGGAGCUCCGUCAGCUCGCCGUUUUCCGGACAGAUGUGUUGGAUUUCUUUUUGACCCCCUGCGUAGAGAGCAGUAAGCGUUUUCCUGAAGAACUCAGUGAGACGGACCAAAGACGCUACGUGUUCGCCGUCCCCGCCAUGCAGGAGUACUUGGCGGCUCUCUAUGUGGUUCUGGGAGAGAACAAGUCGGCUUUAGAAAAGCUGAGUAAACAAGUGUCUGUGGCCAUUGGUCAGGCAGGGGAGGAUGUCGGCGCCAUUGUUGGCAUCCUUUCUAAGUUCAUCCCUCUUCGAAUCUUCGCCGUGUUCAACCUCCUCAAGUUUUUCCCCAAAAUCUACGACAAAUUCAGCAGUCACAACAAGGGCAGCAUCGCCAAAACUAUGGCGUCUGAAAUGUUCCGUACAGAGGACAGUCACAACGAGGAUGUCCUGGAUCAGGUGGAGCAAAGCCUUCUGGGAGUCCACGGCCCGCAGCCCCAGCAGACCACUGAAGGCCAGGCUUUUGAACUCUACCCCAUCUUCAUGGGUGGCCUGUUGCAUUAUGGUAACCGGAUGCUUCUCCAGCAACUGGGCUGCACCAUCCAGAGCGCCACUGUGGUCCAGAUCACACGUGCCCUGAGGAAGUACCUCGUCAGAGAGCUCAGCAAGCCUCAGCCCCCGGAGGAGGUGAUGGACCUCCUGGUCCUCCUGUACGAGUUCCAGAACCCCCGACUCACUGCAGAGGUUCUGGCCUCAAUCCGAUCCAUUCGCCUCUCCAACAUUCGAAUGACCUCACUCAAGUGCUUCGUGCUGAGUUCGGUACUCUCGUGCACACCGCCCAGCUAUCAGCUUCAGGAGAUGGACCUGUCCUCAUGUAUGCUCACUCAUGACAUGAUGCAGAUGCUGAUGCCUGCCUUCAGACACACACGCAACCUCAACCUGCAGUUUAACAGCCUGGGUCCUGAGUCCUGCAUCCUGCUGAGAGAUCUCCUCGUAGACCCCAAGAGUUCCAUUAAAUCGCUACAACUGUGCGACAACCCCCUGCUGGACUCGGGAGCCCUGUCCCUGCUGGAGGCCCUCCCAGAGAACCAGUCCCUCACCCACCUGUCCCUGAUGCACACCGGCCUGGGGGACCGGGGGGCGCUGGGCCUGGCUGAGAAGCUGCAGAGCCACGUGGGGCUGCAGGACCUCAACGUGGCCUACAACAACAUCGGGGACAACGCGGCGCUGGCGCUGGUGGACGCCUGCAGGGAACACCCCAGCAUCCACACCGUGCACCUGUACCUGAACCAGCUCAGCGAUGUGGGGAAGCAGUCCCUGUACGUGCGGGGCGUUCCCAGGGGCCCCGGGGGCAGCGACCGGCGGGUCAGGGUCCUGGCCUCUGUCACUGAGGGCUCCGACAUCUCCGAGGACUGGCACCCGAUCCUCGACGUGAUCCGGGAGAACGCCUCGUCCUGGGACCGCCAGCGGGUCCAGCAGCAGCUUCAGGCCUUCCUCCGGGACCUGGAGUGGGGCCGCCAGCAGCAGCAGAGCAUCUGGAAGCGGCUGCACUUCCGCCGGGUGGAGAAAGGCGUCCGGCAGACUCUGCGCAUGCUGGAGAAAGACUCUCUCUUCCCAUCCAACGGGUUUAGCAAGUAACCCCCCCCCCCCCAAGAAGACGACCGGGACGCGUGCAACAUUUGGAAAACUGCUGAAUCCCGCAGGAGACAUUUCAGAAAUGGUGCAGAACUGAGAGGAAACCUUGAAGACAGGUCUGAUGUGGAUCCUGCAGCUUCAUCCAUCAUCAUUUCAUGAAAGUUGGAAAAAUAAUUGUCACACCUCUGAAGUAUAACCUCAUUCUCCAAACAGAAAUAUCAUCUAAGUUCAACAUCACAUCCAGAAACUUUUCACAACAUAACAUGCAAACGUGGGAAAUGUUCAUAACACAUUACAGUCAAGUAAUUCAAAAAUGCGUUAAUACUUAAUAGGAAAACGUCACAAUGCAAUACUACACAAUAUACUUUUAGAAGAAGGUUGUUUUUUUUUUCCUUAAUCUUGUCUGGUUGGAUUAUGUUAUCUUCCAAUGAACUGAUCUAAAUCAGUUUUUUGGGUUUUCUCGAAUCCUUGUGGUCAAUGUGAGUCCUGGUGCAGGGCUGCGGAGCUUCAGAACACCACAAGGUGGUGCUGUUGGAGAGGGUUUCUUUUAUCACACUACAGGCAGCACGACAGAGUUUCAGUAGUGUGAACUGCUGAUCAGAAAGAAGAAAAACUAUGAUUAUCAGCAGAUUAUCCACAAGAGGUCCAGAGUGACCUCUUCGCUGAGGUUGUCAGGACAUUCGAUUUUUGCACAUAUUUAAAACUAUUAGACAACUUCUAACAUGUUUUUUCUUUUGUUUUGUUUUUUUAAAAAAGGGCUUCCAAAACCUGUUCAUUGUCAUCCAUCUUAUACAUAUCAUAUACAUAUCAGUGAAAUCUUCAGAGCCACUUUAAAUGGAAUUGAUGAGGCGAUGUGGUGAUGUCUAACAUUUUGAAAGAGGUCCAUGUCGAUAACUUUUGUUAUGUGGACCUUAAUUAUUCUUAGUUUUAGUUUCGUUUUGGGAAAAACUCAAAUAGUUCCAUUCCUGCUGUAACUGGAUAAAAGAGUGCAGACUUGAAACAGGAUGGAAAUAUUAAGAGGCCCACUUCAGCUUUGUUGGCCUGUGAGGCUACAACAUCAAGUCAAAUCACCAGUGCUAUGGAAAGUUAUACAUUAGUUACACUGGUAAGUGUUGUGCUGUAAAAUAUUAGCAAAUCACUGGCCAUUGCAAGUAAUGCAUUACUUUCCCAACAAUGCAAAUCAGACAUGGAACAGGUUUGGUUUAUGAAUUGAGGGUUAAAAUGUUGAUAAAAUGCAGUUUUCUGGCUAAAAGGAAGCAAAAAAAAAUAAUCUUUACAUAUCAAACACUAAACACCUUCUCAUGUCGAGUCCCUCUCGACUUUAAAUGUCUGUUUUUUUUCUUCUUGGCUUUCAGUCGGAACGCAACAGUUAAAAUAUGGUCUGUUAUUGCUGUACACUCAGGGCUCAGUCCAUCUGGUGGAUCUGAUCUGAUCGGUCAGGUUUUAAUCUUCCAGUUUUCAACCAUGUAUUCACAGAGACAAAAAGACAGUUAAAAAAAAAGUCUUGAGAAUCUCGAUUAUCCUGUUGUGCAUCAAUAGGCUUAGUUUUUUGAUCCACGAAGUACAUCUGUGUUGAAAAACUCAUUCAUUUCCACCAGCUGCCUUUGUGUAUCAGUCUGCUCGUAGCAGGCUGUUUUCCAUUGAAAGUUAACCUCAAAUAAGUUACAGUCUAACUGUUUCAGAGCCUUAAUAUCCAAGCCAGUCAGCAAAUUGAGAAAAAGGAAAGAAAAUACUCACUUUUAAGCAUUUCAAAGGGUAAAGAGGAACAGGAAGAAGGAUUUUCCAUGAAUUCUCCUCUUUGUUGUAGUGGUUUUGCUGCAGGACUGCAGGUUAAAUGUAUUGCCUGUUUGCACGGUAUUAUUAAUGCCCUCUUCAUAACGUCUGUUUGGUUGUGUAUUCAGCCUUUGCUUUUUUUUUUUUUUUUUUUUUUUUUUUUUUUGUUAUUAUUUCUGUCUCCGUUCUUGCACAAAGGAUUCUCAGGAAACCUAACCUGGCAUCAAAUGUCCAGAGUUUGAUUAUUUAUUCUUCAAUCGGAUAUCCUGAUAAUAAAAAUAUAGAGGAAAAAAAUAGCCUUUUUGGGCGAAUAUUGAACCUGUUGAGCUGUGCGUUCAAUAAAACACCACUUAUGAACACAUUUCCAACAGAGUGGAAAAUGAGUCACAAAUGUUCAGUCAAAAAGGAUUUGGUGAUCAGUAAUUGUGGAAUGGAUUACUAAUAGUGCGAUGCUGCCUUAUUGUUUUGGUCAUUGUGUGUCUUCCAUGCUGUAAUGAACAGGUUAGGAGCCAGU